AUGUCAUUCUGGUUUGGAUGGAUCUGGAUAUCCAUCGUCGGCGCCUUCAUUGUCUACCAGGUUGUCUUCCACCUGAUUCGCUACGUCCGGACUGUUGCCAGCCUCAGCAAUGACACCCAGCGAUACUUUGCCAUUCCCAGUCUCACCUUUGGACGCUUCAAGAAGCACUUUCUGGAUGCGCCUCUGCUCAGGACCCGUCACCACCGCGAAUUCAAGUUGUCCUCCGCUCUGAACGUUGGCACCCUUCCAAGCCGUCUGCAAAUGUUCUUCUUGACCGGUUACUUUGCCACCAAUAUUGCCUUCUGUGUAAUCAGGAUUGACUGGAGCGGCCCGUACAAGGAAAUAGCAGGAGAAUUCCGCAACCGUACAGGUGUCUUGUCCGUCAUGAACAUGAUUCCGCUCUUCCUUCUUGCUGGCCGGAACAACCCCUUCAUCACUUUCUGUGGUAUCUCUUUCGAUACGUUCAACCUGAUUCAUCGAUGGUUUGGACGGAUCGUUGUCCUGGAGGCAGUUGCUCAUACCGCAGCCUGGAUGGCUAGCAAGGUCCACCAAUCCGGCUGGAGUGCAGUCGCGGCAUCCAUCCAAAAGAGCGAAAUGAUCAUGACUGGGACCAUUGGUACAGUCGCUCUCGUCUUCCUGCUUCUUCACUCGCCAUCCACCGUUCGCCACGCGUUCUACGAGACCUUCUUGACCAUGCACAUUCUGGUUGCAGCACUUUCAAUUGGAGCGUUGUGGUUUCACCUCAAGACAAUGCCCCAGCAGCGCAUCCUCUACGGCGUUAUCGCUCUCUGGGUCUUUGAGCGAACGUCCCGAGUCGUCCUUCUAGUAAUGCGUAACUUCGGUGCUGGUGGUACUAAGGCCGAUGUUGAGGUACUCCCGGGUGACGCCGUGAAGGUCACUAUUCGGAUGGCUCGUCCUUGGGCAUUCCGACCUGGCCAGCAUGCAUACAUCUACAUGCCGUCUGUCGGCCUGUGGACUAACCACCCGUUCUCGUUGGCCUGGAGUGACGAAGAAGACGACCUGAGCGAGGAGAAGGGCCUCGCAAUGAAUCGUCAGGACAUCUUAGAGAACAAGAAGACGAGCGUUUCGAUGAUCAUUCGUCGACGAACUGGAUUCACGGAGAAGCUCUUCAGGAAGGCUGAUCUCUCUCCCUCUGGUCGCUUCACGACUUCUGCUAUGAUCGAGGGACCAUAUGGUGGCGAGAACCUAAGCUCCUACGGAACGGUCAUGCUUUGGGCUGCUGGUGUCGGUAUCGCACAUCAAGUGCCCCACGUUCGCGACAUCGUCGCCCAAUUCGCAAACGGAACGACUGCAACCCGCCGCCUCACGCUCGUAUGGGUCAUCCAAUCUCCUGAGCACCUCGAAUGGAUCCGCUCAUGGAUGACGACCAUUCUCUCCAUGCCCAAGCGUAGGGAUAUCCUCAAGAUUCUGCUCUUCGUCACUCGCCCCCGAUCAACGAAAGAGAUCCACUCGCCGUCGUCCAGCGUACAGAUGUUCCCCGGCAAACCCAAUGUUCAAGCCCUUAUCGACCAGGAAAUGCAAGCGGGCCUUGGCGCCGCCUGUGUCAGCGUCUGUGGAACCGGUGGGCUGGCAGACGAUGUGAGGCGUGCAGUGCGCAUGCGUGAGACGACAUGGAAUGUGGACUUCCGCGAGGAAAGUUUCUCCUGGUAG